AGUACAAGUAAACGGACGCUGAACAAACGCUCUGUUUCCUAAAGUCGGUCAAUUUAGGUCACGGUGAUUUUCAGAGUGUCCAUCGACACCAGAGGGUGGCGUUAGUGUUCGUGAGCGUGGUUUUGGAUGGAGUGGGUUGUGUCUGUGUUGUAGUUGAUAGUAAAUGAGGAGUUAAGAGUUCAUAUGGUGCAGAGACGCGUGCGCCGAUUGGAGUAUUAAAGGCAAAUAUGAACAUCCGCUGUUGUUUAUGGUCCUGAAACAAAUCAGAAUCAUUGCUUGAGUCGUCUUGGGAGAAGCUACAACAACAGCUGUCGCUCCAUCAUGGCGGGCGACAUGAUGCUCCUGAUGCGAGGCUUGGCCAAGCUCAGCCAGGCCGUGGUUGAGACGCAGAGCGGCGCCCUACGCAGCGGGACAGGUCUUCCGGGUGUGGGCGCUGCGGUCCAAAGCUUCCAGUCGGCGGCGGAGCAAGGCCUCUCGAUGGCCGUGAUGAAAGUACAGGAGAUGUCAGGGCAGCAGCAAAUGUCGUCGACGGAGUCGGACUUUCUCCAGGAUGACUUUGCUGCAUCAGAGUUCAGGGAGGAAGACUUUAUGGCAGAUCAGCAAGGAAGUGAGAAGGAGGCGGCGUCAUUAUUUGAGGGCUACAAGGAUCCUUCCAGAGAGUUUCGUGGUGGUGGCGGCGGGCAGACCAGAUCGUACCACCAGGACGCUCGACGUUUUAUGGGGAGCCAACAGUGGCUUCAAGGAGACGCUGGACCCUCAGUGCGACAGCAACGCGGCUACCAUCAGGACCCGUCCUCCGUCAGCGGGCUGACGGCCGAAGACCUGGAGAAAGCCAGACAAAGCAAGACUGACAUGAAACCGCACAAGCAGAUGCUGAGCGAGAGAGCCCGAGAGCGGAAGGUGCCCGUCACUCGCCUCAGCAGACUGGCUAAUUUUGGAGGUUUGGCUGUAGGUUUGGGCAUUGGCGCCUUGGCGGAGGUUGCCAAGAAGACCAUCAGGCAUAAUGGUGCAGCAGGUGAACAUAAAAAGUCCGUCCUGGACUCCAGUCCCUUUCUGUCCGAGGCCAACGCCGAACGCAUCGUGAGAACUUUGUGCAAAGUCCGAGGGGCGGCCCUGAAACUUGGACAGAUGCUCAGCAUUCAAGAUGAUGCAUUCAUCAACCCGCAGCUGGCCAAGAUAUUCGAGCGAGUGCGGCAGAGCGCCGACUUCAUGCCUAUCAAGCAAAUGACGAAAGCCUUAAACAGCGAUUUGGGUCCAAACUGGCGAGACAAGCUGGAGUCUUUCGAGGAGCGUCCUUUCGCAGCGGCGUCCAUCGGCCAGGUCCACCUGGCCAGGUUGAAGGACGGCCGGGAGGUGGCCAUGAAAAUUCAGUACCCCGGUGUGGCCCAAAGCAUCAACAGUGAUGUCAACAAUCUGAUGACAGUGCUGAAUAUGAGCAACGCGCUGCCUGAAGGUCUGUUUCCAGAGCACCUGAUAGACGUGAUGAGGAGGGAGUUGGCGCUGGAGUGCGACUACAUCAGAGAGGCUCAGUGUGCUAAGAAAUUUAGGGAGCUGCUGAAGGACCACCCCUUCUUCUACGUGCCGGAGGUGAUCGAUGAACUCAGCAGCCGCCAUGUUCUCACCACAGAGCUGGUCCCUGGAUUUCCACUGGACCAGGCCGAGGGCCUCCCGCAGGAGCUGAAGAACACGAUCUGUGAGAACAUCCUGAUCCUGUGCCUCAGAGAGCUGUUUGAGUUCCGCUACAUGCAGACCGAUCCCAACUGGUCCAAUUUUUUGUACGACCCACAAACGCACAAGGUGGCGCUGCUGGACUUUGGAGCCACCAGAGGAUUCGAUCAAAGCUUCACCGACAUCUACAUAGAAGUGAUCCGCUCGGCCGCCUUGGGGGACCGAGAAGGCGUUAAGAAUAAAUCCAUCGAGAUGAAGUUUCUCACUGGCUACGAAUCCAAGGCCAUGGUGAACGCCCACGUGGACGCGGUGAUGAUCCUGGGCGAGGCCUUUGCGUCGUCUGACGCCUUUGACUUCGGCGCCCAAUCCACCACCGAGCGCAUCCACAACCUCAUCCCCGUCAUGCUGCGCCACCGCCUGACCCCGCCCCCAGAGGAGACGUACUCCCUGCACCGCAAGAUGGGCGGUUCCUUCCUCAUCUGCUCCCGCCUCCACGCCAAGCUGCGCUGUAAGGACAUGUUCCACGCCGCCUACCAACGCUACUGGGAGGGGCGCACGCCGCCAUCCAGCUCAGCCUGAAUGAUGUUUUGCUCUUUUUUUCUGUCUUUUGACGGACGGGUCCGAGGACCAAUCGCAAAUGCCAAAUAUUUGUGGAGGCGGUGAGGUUUUAAAGCACACACUUUGUAUGUUUUGGACAGCAAAGUUGGGAUGAGACGUGGGCUGGGCCAGGACUGAAAGCGCUCAUGUUGGCAUUUUUAUCUCUGCUGCAUUUUUGCUAUUGUUGAUAGGCCUUCAGGACAAUCAGGGUACCAGAAGACACCUUCAGGAACACCGUGAGCAAUAAUAAUAGUAAAAGGACGACAUCGGCCAGUGUGGACCGGGACUUAACGUGUCCAUGUCCUCAGUUUUUCUGCUUCAGCCUUUAAAUGAGCACAAUCAACGUACACUGGAAAUGCAAAGUUUGUUGAUUUCAGUUUUUGUAGGCUAAAUAUAGCGAGCAUUAAGUUUUAAAUGAAGCUCAGGGUGAUUUUACUCCUAUAUAAUGUCUACAGAAAUAUAUCCAUUUUCCUCCAUUUUUUGUGGGACCUGGUGGGAGCGUUUGGAUGUAAGUAGGUGAUUAAAAACAAAGAUGAUUGCAGUGA